AUGUGCGGCAUCUUUUCCAUAUUUUCACGGGAUGGAGAACCGAUUCCCCCGCAAAUCCUGCAUGGAAGCAAACACAGCUUGAGGGAGCUGGCCUACCGGCAAAGUGGAAAGCAGCGGCAUCGAGGCCCGGACUCCACGGGCGUCUAUGUAAUCGCCUCGGAAGGAGUGGCCAUGGUGCACGAACGCCUGCAGAUCGUGGGUGUGGCGGAAGGCGAUCAGCCCUUUGUCUCCGAGGAUGGGAACCUCAUCCUGGUGGCCAACGGAGAGAUCUACAACUACCUGGAACUAUCGGCGGAGAUUGCGAAGAGACGUGGCUCCUACAACCCCAAAAGCGAUUGCCACGUGAUUCUGGAACUGUACAAGGAUUACGGAGUGGACCUUCUGGAUCACAUUAGCGGGAUGUUUGCGUUUGCCUUGUAUGAUCGAAGGACUAAGGAGGUCCUGCUUGCCCGUGAUCCUGUUGGCAUUAUACCCAUGUAUGUCGGAGAGGAUGAAGCUGGAAACCUGUGGGUAGCCUCGGAGAUGAAAUGCCUGGUGGACAUCUGCCCAAAGGUGGAAACUUUUACGCCAGGGGCGGCUCGUUUUGGAAAGGUGGGCCUGCUGCAAACCUGCUGGCAAUUCCAGCAACAAUGGAUUAAGAAUGUUCCCACCCAACACUGUGAUUUGGUCUUACUUCGUUCCAAAUUGGAGUCGGCGGUUAGAAGUCACCUCCAGUGCGAUGUUCCCUUUGGAGCCUUACUCUCCGGAGGAGUGGAUUCCAGUCUUAUAGCCUCUAUAGCCACAAAAAUUAUGCGAAAAAAGGACCCAAACUUUCGACUGAAAACCUUUUCUGUAGGUCUAAAAGAUGCCCCCGAUUUAAAAGCCGCCAGACUUGUGGCCAAGUAUAUAGACAGCGAUCACAAGGAAAUUUUCUUUAACGUCGACGAGGCUCUUGAUAACAUCAGGGACCUUGUAUAUCAUCUAGAAACGUACGAUGUAUCCACAGUAAGAUGCAGUAUCCCAAUGCUCUUACUCGCUAGAGAUAUCAAGAGCACUGGCAUCAAGAUGAGCCUGUCCGGCGAAGGAGCGGAUGAACUCUUCGGAGGUUAUCUGUACUUCCACAAGGCUCCAAACUACGAGGACUUCCACGAGGAGUUGGUGAAGAGAGUGCGCCAGUUGCACUUAUCCGACUGUCUCCGUGCCAAUAAGGUGACCAUGGCCAAGGGUCUGGAAUUACGGGUCCCCUUCCUGGACACGGGAUUCGUAAACCAUGUGAUGCAGAUCCGGCCGGAGGAUAAGAUUCCAGGACCGCUCAACAAAUUCGGAGGGGAGCAGCAAAAACGGAUGGAGAAGUACGUCCUGAGAGCUGCCUUUGCGGACAAUUAUCUUCCAGACGAUGUUCUGUGGCGGCAGAAGGAGCAGUUCUCGGAUGGGGUGGGCUACGAUCUGAUCCACUGCCUCCGACAGGAUACAGCCAGCCACGUGACCGAUGAGGAAUUUACCGGAGCAGCGCUUAGGUUUCCCUUCAAUACACCUGCCACCAAGGAAGCAUAUUACUAUCGCUGCAUCUUCGCCGAACAGUUUCCCGGCGAAUCUGCUAUGAGAACUGUAGUAAAAUGGGCGCCACGGCGAGAUUGGGGCUGUCCGGAGGAUCCCUCUGGUUUGGCUCAGGCCGUCCACCAGACCCAUAAAGAGUAA